UAUUUUAUAAAGAGUUGAAGUUGGAAAGUUAUUAGUCGUAGGGAUGUUGGUGGAAGCACCUUAUGUACCUAGGUAUUGUUUAGGUUGGGGCGCUUAUAGAGUAGCAAACUUCCGUGAGGGUCAGACACGGAAGGCCAAUUGGGCAAGCGGUGGAGCAAGGAUGCGUCAAUGGGAUCCUCAUGACGCUGGCGUCUUGAAGUUGAACAAGCAGGUAUAGUUGUUUUACCUAACCCCGAAAAUCUAUCCCGAGGCGCAUUGACAUAACCGCUCGACUUGUCUAGAUAAUGGAAAACCUCGUAAGGGCCGGAGGGAACGCCCUCCAGCUGCAGGGCAGACGCAUCUCGAUAACUACGAAAAAUUCGUAUUUAUCAUGGCCAUCACAGUGGCUCAUGAAUUGAUGCACUUCUUUACUGGUUUCCUAACUGGAUACGAUUAUUCCAUGACUCCGGAACAAGUUAGUUAUCUGCCAUCAUUUUACAAUCGCGAAGCUCGUGAUGGAAGAAUGGUUGGUGAAUCUGGGCGAGCAUGGGAAGGGAAUGUAUUAGGAGGCGUAGUAGAGGCGAUGGAGGAGUUAUCACAGCCUGCUGACCAGGCAGGUGUCCUAUGGGUCAUUGACGGCCAGAGGAUUGGCGCGCCAAUUGGAUAUCACAUGCAUGAAACGCAACCUGGAAUUAAACUUCGACUUUCCUUUGCGAACCGUCGGUCGUGCUGCCCCAAUGUUCGAUUUAGAGCGAAGGAUCCGGACCAUGAAGAGUGUACGUAUAUCAACGCUUCGUCCAAGAGGUCUUAUAGCCGACCCUGCUCGUGAGAAUACCUCAGUUAUCAGUUGCGGCCGUCUGCGAAUGUAUAAGCAAAUGCCUUCGCACUCAGUUCGGAAUCGGGAGCUGCAGAUUAUCGAACGUCUACUUAGACAACCAAGGUAUCUUUUUGCUGCCGCAUAAG